AUGUUAGGAGGAAAUUUUUUGAUGAAAGCUGAUGAAAGAUUUCGGGCCGCCAUUAACCGGAAGGCGUCGGUGAUGACGUGGUCCAUAUCGUCUUUUGCAAACUCCCCGUCGUCGUCAUCAUUUCGUAAAAUUGUGGCAUUAGCGAAGCCUGAACGCAAGCCACUUUCGAUCGCUGUGGGUCUAUUGCUGGUGUCAUCCUCCCUCAUCGAUUUCUUCUCGACAAUAAAUCCGCAGAUUCCAUUGGGAUUGUCUAUUUGGCAAGCUUCAGGGCUGCUCGUACUAUUAUUCACGGCAGGCGCCGCUGCCAAUGCGUCAAGGGCAAUGCUUAUGAGGAUCGCUGGUCAGCGCAUCGUCGCAAGACUUCGAGAACAGAUGUACGCAGCUUCUGUCCGCCAAGAAGUUGAAUUCAUCGAGAAGAGUGAAGGUGAUGUCAUCAGCCGACUCAGCGUUGAUACCAGUGUUGUUGGAGAAAGCGUGACGCAGAACCUUUCUGAUGGACUUCGAGCCGUAAUCAUGUCAUCGGUUGGGUUGGCCGCCAUGUUUUAUAUCUCUCCAACUCUCACUAUGCUGAUGUUGGUCAUUGUUCCACCUGUAUCUUUGGGUGUGGUAUUCUAUGGCCGGUACCUGAAAAAGUUGUCAUUGAGAACGCAGGAGGCGAUGGGAGAAAUGACAAAAGUUGCCACGGAGUCGUUGCCUGCCCUUCGUACGGUUCAAGCCUUCAAUGCGCAAAGUCAAGAACAAGAGAAGUUUCACGAAAAAGUGAUGAAGGUGCUUCAACUGGCCAGGAAAGAAGCCAUUGCUAGUGGUAUAUUCUUUGGCAGCACCGGCUGGAGUGGUAACAUAACACUUCUUGGACUGCUUGGUUAUGGUGGGACUUUAGUAUCACGCGGCGAAAUUUCCGUGGGAGAUUUGACGAGUCUGCUUCUUUAUACGGUCUACGUUGGAAAUGGAUUGCAGAUGAUAACGUAUAGCAUCUACUUUCAGUCAUCUAUCAUGCGUGGUGUUGGGGCAGGAACUCGUAUCUUCGAUUUGCUUGACAGAAAGCCAGCGAUUCCUCCGGACACUGGUAUCACUUUGGAUCACAGUCGGCGUGGAAUAGUGAAGUUUGAAAACAUUCGUUUCGAGUAUCCCAGCCGCCCAGGUGUUGAGAUUCUAAAAGACCUUAAUUUCGAAAUUGGAAUUGGUGAAAGUGUCGCCGUCGUUGGAAGGAGUGGAAGUGGAAAGACGUCCAUUCAUUCCCUGCUUCUACGGUAUUACGAUCCGGUGAGUGGGAAGGUCACCUUUGACGGACAAGAUAUACGCGAAUUCUCUGUCGACUCUUGGCGUGGCAUCAUCGGGGUUGUGCCACAGGAUCCCAUCCUAUUCACGGGGACGAUCGCUUCAAAUAUAGCCUACGGGAAUCCCGCCGCUACUCGGGAACAGAUCGAGCACGCGGCCAGAGAGGCUAACUGUGAGUUUGUAUGGGGCAUGCCAAAAGGAUUUGACACUGAGAUUGGUCGAACGAGUUUAAGCGGCGGACAGCGACAGCGACUUGCGAUUGCCAGAGCCUUACUUAAAAAACCGGCUAUCCUUGCACUAGACGAAGCGACAAGUUCUUUGGAUGCUACGUCAGAGCAUAGGGUAAAUGAUGCGGUGGACAAAAUACUUCGCUCUCGGCAAACUACAUGUCUGUUUGUAGCGCACAGGCUAUCGACGAUUGCUAGAGCCGAGCGAAUAGUCGUUCUUGAAGAUGGCCGUAUAGUGGAAUCAGGAUCGUACCGUGAACUAGUUAAUCGCGAGCAUUCCAAAUUCCGGGAUUUAAUGGCAGCUCAAUUAGAUGCCGCUUCUAGGCAAGCGCCAUCUUGGAGUCAACCUCCGUCCCUCAAACCAGAGGCGCUUCAGGCCGAAGCAUAA